CUAUAAAGGCAACAUGUGUUGAUUCACUUGAUUGUGCAUCGAUCUGUUUGGGGGCUGUAGGCCUGACUAGGCCCUAAUGGCCCUAUACUUUUUCUUUACUCCCUGCCUCACUACUAAAAUUUCAGUUCACUUUACCAAUGCUCAAACCUCUAAACCUUCUCUUCUGGUAGAGUGGUAGGGUUUUUCAUCGCUCUGUUGGCCGAAAAUGACGAAGUUUAGGAAGCUGAAUCGCCCAGCGGCUCACCGGGUAUCCAUGCUCAGGACGAUGGUGUCGCAGUUGGUCAAGCAUGAGCGCAUAGAGACAACUGUUGCUAAAGCAAAGGAACUUCGUAGGCUUGCUGAUAAUAUGGUGCAGCUUGGAAAAGAGGGAACUCUAUGCGCUGCGAGACGGGCUGCUGGCUUUGUGCGUGGUGAUGAUGUUCUUCACAAACUAUUUACAGAACUGGCAUAUAGAUACAAAGAUAGAGCUGGUGGAUAUACUAGAAUGCUAAGAACACGAAUUCGAGUUGGUGAUGCUGCUCCUAUGGCAUAUAUUGAGUUCAUUGACAGGGAAAAUGAACUUAGACAAUCAAAACCACCCACACCACAGCCACCACAGAGACCAGCCAUGGAUCCCUGGACAAAGUCCCGGCUCAGCAGGCAGUUUGCACCCCCCAAAGAGGAGAAGAACCAUUCAGACUCCAAUAAUUGAAAAAAAAAGUUGCUUAUCGAAUCACGAUUGUAUUGAAAAAUUUGUCUGCUAUUGUGGUUUUGGAGUGCCAAAUUUAUUACCUUUAAUGUGCCUCUACGGUACACACUGGAUGUCACAUGUGAUGUAUUGGUUUAGGAAUAAAUUUACCUCUUUUGG